GUCGCUGUGGACUCCGAGGUCAAAGGUCGGAACACCGGCAGGUUAUGGGAAAGUCACCGUUUUGAAGCAUCCGACAGGAGGUUAAAUGAUUAAAAACAGAAAUGUGUAAACUAUCUGGAGUUCGUUUACCAUAACUACGGGUUGGUUACUUAAAACAAACGCCUUUUGAGUGAUCAUUUCUGUGCUGCUUUCUGGCUGUUUAUUUAGAUGGAGACAGAGUGCAACAUCCCAACCCACGGCCGUGUGUUUCUCCCUCUCUGCCAGCUGAAGCGUGAUGUAUCCAGAGCAGCCCAGACCGGGCCCCGCCCCACAGAGACGGGCAGAUUCACCCUCCGGGGGCACGUGGAGCACCGGCCUACUGCAGGGCCUCCUCCAGAGCGCCAGGCCUCCUCCCUUCUGCUCCCUGCUCCCCAGGGUCCAUGCAGCUGAUGUGGCUGCUGCCCAGCCCGCACAGAUGCCCUCUUCCUCCUCCUCUUCAACCAGUCCUCCACCCAUCCCCUCUCCCAGCGCCAUGUGGAGCAACAUGCGCAGGCCAGAAUUAACAGACACGGGAUGGGACCGCAUCAAAGACCUCUUUCAAAUGGAUGCGAAACACAUGUACCCUGAGGAGCUGACCAGCGUGAUAAAGAGCGGGGUGGUGGGUGCCCUGGCCGGCAUGCUGUACGGAGGCCUGCCUGCAGCCCACCACGCCAGGCAGAGAUACAUCCAGAUCAGCCAGGCAGAGCUCUACAGCAGCCGAAUGGAGGCAGUGCGCUCAGCCCAUAAUGCAGCAAUCCGAGGAUUUGUGAGAUAUGGAUGGAGAUGGAGCUGGAGAGUGGCUGCUUUCGUCACGUUAUUCAAUUCUGUCAGCACCGGGCUGUCCGUCUACCGGGACAAGAACGCACUCAGCCAUUAUGCCGCAGCUGGAGCUGUGACUGGAGGUCUGUUCAGGCUGAACCUGGGCCUGGGGGGGCUGCUGGCAGGGACCGUCAUCGGAACGGUACUGGGGUUGCCCACCGGCGCUCUGAUCGUCGGCAUGCAGUCGAUGGCAGGAAACAAUUCCAGAGACCGAAGGAGGAGAGAGCGCAGUGAACUGUACGAUCUUAAACUCGCAGAAUGGACGGACCGACUGAACGUGACAGAAGAACUGAUCGGAGAUCUGAACGUGGGCUCUCAGGCAGAGGAAGCCAAUGAGGACAUGCAGAGGAUCCAGGAGCUGCUCAGUUUACCAAAGAACGAGGACGUGACUCAGGAAUCUCCCAGCGAAUGACAGUAGCUGCCUCACUGACUUCUCUGUUGAACAUUGAAGGUGGGACUUCACACAACUGGGAGGAGACAUUGGUCCCUUCUCUGUCUGGACUCUUAAACUGAAUGGAAACUGCUUCACAUCACCAACCACUGACCUGUGUACAUCUGUCUUUGUGAGGACCACAAGUCCUCAGAUAUUGGGAGUUGGCCACAUUUUGGAAAGAUAACAUCUUUAAAUGGACUCCACAUCAUCUGGCUUUACUUUUCAAAGAUCAUAUGUGUUAUUUCCAGUUGAUUUAACAUAUUACAGAAUUGAGUGAAACAAAUAAUGAGAUUUAAAAAUCACUAAAACAUCUUCAAAUAAAGUGAACAUAUAUUUACACAGAUGUAUCGACAACCUGAGAUCAAGUCACCUUGUUUGAAUCUCUAACAGACGUUUUUAAAAUCAGUGAGCUUAUGCUUUUCAAUAUUGGCUUCUUGUGAAUAAAUAAUACUUAUAUAUAAUAUAUAUAUUAAAGGGCUGGCUUAUCUAAAGCCAGUUGAGUAGCACUUGAAAUGUUUUAGCUCUAUGAAACCUGAUGUACUUAUAUGAUUCUGUUUUCUUCAAGUUUGUAUUUUGUUGGUCGAACGCACUUAUUGUAAGUCGCUUUGGAUAAAAGCGACAGCUAAAUGUAAUGUAAUAAUACAUUUGGUCAAUUCAAAUAAAACAAUGCAUUUUGUAUGCCAACCCUGCCUGCCCAGACCUGAACUGACCUUUCUGCCCAUUCAGUUAUUGUUCUAGAAGUAACUGACAAAUGUCCUUCAUGUCUGUCCAAAAAAUGGCUUCUGUAAUUUCCCCACAU